ACAUAUAUAAUGGUGAGAGAGGGGUCUAAGUGGUAGCCAACUAUCACAUAGACAUCCCUUGAGGCGGCUGAAGAGCUGAAUAAGUUUCAUUUAUGGUACAGCAGUUUUCCCUACGAAAACUAGACGUGAAAUCCACAUAAAUCAUACUCUCAAACACCCUUUACUUUAGCCUUAAAUAAGACAACUCACCCGGUCUUCUCUUCACCAACUGUUUGUUGUGUGUGUUUUUCUGUUGCACCAACCAUCAAACUGCGCCAAAUUCAAGCAACAAAGAAACCCAUAAACCAUCAUCGCUUCAUCCACACUCAGCCCCCUCAAUCAAAUAAGAAAUGAGUCUGCAUUCCUUCAAAUGCAAGCUUUUGAAACCAUGCAAGAAACUACUGAAUCUCUUCAAGUUCAGACUCCAUAAACCAGUCUUUAUAAGAGCCCUUCAAUCCCGUCACCGCAGACCUAAAGUCAGGAAGACAGCCACCCACGAGGGCCGUAUCCCGAAAAUCCUGUCGGUUCUGCAUUCAUUGAGACGAAAGAGAGAGAUGGACGACCGACUCACGGAGAUGAAGAGCUUUUUAGACAUCGAGAAUCAUCACAAAGCACCAUAUCCUUCACCCAUCACCCCAGCAUAUAUAAGACUGAGCGGGGCUGCUAGAAAGAACAACAUUCACGAUCAGGAUGAUGAUGAUGCUCAAGAUGCAUGCAGGAGCUUUGAGAACUAUCUGGUGGAGAUGAUUGUGGAGGAGGGGAAAACCAGAGAUUUGGUUGAUGUUGAAGAGCUUCUGUACUGCUGGAAGAACCUCAGGUGUCCGGUGUUUGUUGAUCUGGUGUCCCGAUUCUAUGGAGAGCUGUGCAGGGAUUUGUUUUCUGAUAGAUGUGAGAAUGAUGAUGGGACACCAAAAGGACUUCUAAGUUAGAACUGGUUUAUAUGACAUUUUGGUUCUUCUGUUGUAAACUGAAAAUGUGUUUGAUGGAAUGAAAUUCAUACUUUGCAGCAAA